UUUAUUCAAAGCCACUCUUCAACAGAGAUAACACUAUUUUUUUAUCCAAGCCAAUUCUCCUGUAGUAAAACAUUAAAUAUUUACCAAGGUCAGUGACUCCGAGAAAUGAAACCAAGGUCCAAUGUGAACAGGAGUGAACAGUGUUUCCAGCUGUGUGUAAUAUGGAAUCUUGAAUCUGCAAUGCCCAUUUCAAAAGUCAAGGAAGCACAUCUACUGAAUUAGAAGAAUGACGAAUUUGAUAGCAUGUCUGAUUCUGGUCAGCUGCGUCACAGCAAACUUGGGUACACUUGGAUUUACACCUACUCCCUCUGGUAGAAAUUGUGGUCUUCCUGGAAAAAUAGAAAAUGGCUACCUUGCAGUUCCUGAUCAUUCCUAUGGAUCUGUGGCCAACUAUUAUUGCAGCACUGGGUACAAACUGGUUGGAAAUAGCCAAAUAACGUGCACAGAAAAUGGAUGGAGUGCUUCAGCUCCACGAUGUGAGCGUGUUAGACCUAUAAAUCCCAUGCCUGAACCCAAACUGACAGACGAGGAAGGACUAACAGUUAUGUUGCCGUGCAUCUUCAGUGUCAGCUCUGGAACAGUGGACCUGACUCAUCUUGUGGUAAAGUGGGAAUUCCAAGGAAAUCCCAUGGUGACAUUUAUUGAUAACCAACUGACUAGUAGCAGAAAGGCGUGGCUUUUUCAGGAUGAGCUGAGGAAAGGAAAUGCCUCCUUGCUACUCACUAAUGUUUCAUCGGCAGAUAAAGGGAAUUACACAUGUGUUAUCCAAUACUUUUCUGAAGUCAUUCGAAAAAUGACAGCCAGUUUAAACAUUGACGAUGUUUCACCACCAAGCACCAAACCCGGGUCCAAAGAAGAUGAUCAAGCGAGACCUACAAUUCUGCUGCCAUGUUAUUUCACUGUGGACUCUGGGACUGUAGACUUGAAUCAUCUCAAGGUGCAGUGGCAAUUUAAGGGGAAUCAUGCAGCAAAGUUUGUUUUCAACACCUUGUUUAACAGCAAAAAGGCACACCUUUCUCUGGAGGAACUGAGGAAAGGAAAUGCCUCCCUGGUUGUUAUUAAUGCUUCAUCAGCUGAUACAGGGGAUUAUACAUGUGAUGUCAGUUACAAGUCAGACAGCAUACCAAGAGUCACUGUCAUUUUAAGCAUUCAAGUGCAACCUCUUCAGCCAGCUUCUGUGGUUUUAGUGAAUGCAGAUAAAAGUUGGGAAUAUUUCAAAGCUGUCAAUUUGCAGCCUGUACCAGUGUCAGAGAAAGAUAAAGCCCUGACUAUGUCCAAAGCAAAAAGAGUUCAAAGAAAGGCUCAGGUGCUUGCCAGCACAGGCAGGGAGGAUGGUAGUGCCCAUCAUGAAGCAACAAGAGGAAAGAUUGAAUGCCUUCCUUUACUGAGUUUACCAGCACACUCUCCUGUUAAAUCUGAUUAG